AUGCAGCAUUUUGCUCUGAAUAUUUCAUGGAAAUUGUUAUUCGAUCAGUUGGUUAAACACAUAGAAUUUGUGUGGAGGGAAGCGGCGGAAGCAGAUGUCGGAAUCAAACUAUUCCAUUCUUCAUCAAAAACCAAUUAUGAGGUUGUUUUUAUUACUAAUAUUCAUUUUAUUAAUGAACUUCAAAAGGAAGUAUUCAUAGAGUGGUGGGGAAGACAUUUAUUUAUAGCUGUGGUGUUAAAUGUCAAAGUUGAUCUGUUGUUGCUUAUGCUUACUGUGAUGGCCAGUCAGCUGUCACAUCAGUUGAAACGUAUGAAAUUUUGUCAUUUGCUACGAUGUAUUGCUGCAGUAAUGAGAUCAAAACCACCUAGUCUGUAA